ACAAAGGCAGAAGGACAUCAGGCAAGGGCAGCUAUGCGUAAUGUGUUAUACUUUCCUAAGGCUGUUGGAACUUCCGAUUACAUUUGGUAGAUUCAAUGUUUUAAAGCUUCACAAAGAGUUCCUGCCUAAGGGGAUUAACUUCCAUUUGAUGAUAUCAGAGCGGUUUCUACUUUUAGAUAUGAUCCGAUCCACAUUAUCGUCAUCAGAAAGUUGUCUAUUUUCUCUCAUCCCAACCUGACUCAACUUGCUCAACCCCCUAAACUAAAUUUCCUCAGUUUUCUCUCUACCUCCUCGCAUCUCGUAAUAGGCCGUCGACUCUACAGCGAUACUAUGGCCAAAAAUAAAAAGCGAGGCGCCGGCCCUAAAUUAAAAGGCCAGCGAUUUCCUCAUCGCAAGGAUGCCUCCUCCGGAAAUCAUUCUGGAGAAUAUGGUGGCAACAACUCAUCGUCAGCCCCCCAAGGAUUCAUACGAGCUCAUGGCUAUACGCUUGCCGACGAGGCUAGGAACACAGCAUCUAAUCGCCGUGGAGCUUAUGGCCGUGAUGCCAAACUGAGAUACAAACCCGUCACAUUUAUUAGUGCUGGCCUGAUGGAUCCGUUGAAGGAUCUAAAUGUUCAAUUAGCUGCUACAGAUGAAGCACGGGAAAAUGCGGGCGACACAAAGGAGCCUCUUCGUGCAGGCAUAGCUCCUCCUAUGGACGUCCACGCGUUUGAAGACUAUGUUUCGUCUGCAUCUCCUGGUGAAGGACCGUCCGAUAACCAACGGUUGUCUAACAGGACCGGGCCUUCUUCUGAUCCUGACUCUGACCACAGCUGUGAUUCUAGUGAGGAUGUUAUACUGUUCAAGGGAAGAGAUCGCAAUCGCAUCCGCCAAGGUGGCGCCAAUUCCGACUCUCUGAAACUCCGCGAGCUGGACCUUGAACUGCAGGCAGUCGAAGAGACACUCCGUAAAGACGCAGUUGGACCAGUGGAUACUAUCAAGAGACUCUCCAACAAGCCGGACGAUUUUAUUUCCCUAAGUCCUAAAUCCAAAAGACAUAACCGACGCCACAGAAUGGGUCAGGGUGCCUCAGCAGACGAUAUGGCCGCCGUGAUUGCAGAUUACAUGUCUAAUAUCGAGGGCUGGGGAGAGGAAAACGACCAAGAUACCGGACACUCGGGCAUGGGUUCUCAUAGUUUUAGUGUGCUGAGAGACCUGGGUGGUACUGAUAGCGAUGCGGUUCCCGACGAAGUCUCUAGCAAAGACGGCACAGACCUUGGAUCGGAUAUUGGAACUGACGUGGAGAACCAGCAACAUCGUCUUGAGACAGAGGACCAACGGAUUGCACGCCUGCUCGCUAAACAAGAGGAGUUGGGGCUCGGCGGCGAUGAUGUUUUGCUCUUUGACGGAGAAGCGUCCGACGAUGAGUGGCUUACACCCACCAAGGCCCCCCCACGCCGCAAGAGGAAAGGUGAUUCGAAGAACGCCAAAAUCAUCCAAAAGAAGGGUCAAUAUCCAAGUGCAACGCAGAUGGCGGAUGCAUUCGACGAAUUAGACCUCAUGGAUUGGCAUCGACCUAGCCUUAAAAAUUUCCCGCCGACAUUCGAUGUAUCUGACUCUGAGCUCGAGGAGGCUAUGAAGAUAUCUUGGCAAAAGGAUCGUCUGAAGAAAGCGGAGAAGAAGAAAGCCCGGGAAGAACUACGAUCGCAGGGGCUACUCGGCAAAAAUACCAAUCCCGAUGAUCUUCGAAUCAAAUAUCUCGGCGGCAUGUCCCUUGAUGAUCUCGCCAACGAGCUCGAGACCUUUCUCCUCGGCUCUCAAGAACAACUUAUUUUACCCCCAUUUGACAAGGGCGCUCGUAAAACUAUCCACAUGGUAGCCAACAAAUUCAAAAUCAAGUCGCAAUCUGCGGGCAGGGGCAAGGAUAGAUACCCGGUUCUCUACCGCUCGAGAGCAACGCUCCCGUUUGAUCAAGACACCUUUGAUAGAACAUUUAGUCGCAUCAAACAGACCUGGUUCCCUCGCGUUGACGCCGACGAAAAAAUAGUGAACGAAAGCCGGAUUCUCAAACGAUCUGAAGUUCGAAACGGCAAAUCCCGUUUCAAGAGUUCUCUAACUUAUCGUGAUGGCGACAUCGUGGGUCAGCACGCCGCAGAAUUAGGGGCAGAAAAUAGGGGAAGGGCGAUGCUGGAAAAGAUGGGAUGGUCAAAGGGAAUGGCCUUGGGAACUGGGGAGAACAAGGGCAUCAUGGUACCCAUCACUCAUGUGGUGAAGAAAAGCAAGGCCGGACUUGGCGACAAUUGAAAGCACUUCAUUCUAAACGGGUUCGUUGAUAUGAAUUAUCUGCUGCAAAUCCACUAUCACAAUUGCAUAGAAUCAGGCCCCGGGUGGCGUACCGAGCUAACAAUAUCGGUGCGGCCUAUUAUUGCAUUAUUAUAACCAAGCAAAUCAGAGCUUAAUCCAUCACUGACUACCUAAUCUUAUGUACCUAGUGAAAAGCAUUACUAGAUCGCGAACCUACUUCACAUAGAUAUCUCAGAGCAGGAUUUACAUCGGACCAUCAAAGACGAGUGACUACGGGAAGAAAUGAAACAUUAUUCUGG